AUGGCGGGAAAGGAGGAAGGACGGACGGUCGGGAUCGAUUUGGGAACAACGUAUUCGUGUGUGGCAGCAUGGCAGCACAACCGCGUUGAGAUCAUAGCCAACGAUCAGGGCAACCGCACCACACCCUCUUACGUUGCUUUCACCGACGACGACGAGCGUCUCAUGGGAGAUGCAGCCAAGAAUCAAGUCGCUAGUGCUCCAACUAACACCGUUUACGACGCAAAGAGGCUGAUUGGCCGGAGAUUCAAUGACCCAAUGGUUGAGAGUGACAUGAAACUGUGGCCAUUCAAAGUCAUUCCUCACCCCACCGACAGCAAGCCUAUGAUAGUAGUGAGCUACAAAGGGGAGGAGAAACAGUUUUCAGCUGAGGAGAUCUCUUCAAUGCUGCUCUCCAAAAUGAAGGAUAUCGCCGAGGCUUAUCUUAGAUCACCUGUGAAGAACGCUGUCGUCACCGUGCCUGCUUAUUUCAACGACUCUCAGCGCCAGGCCACCAGGGAUGCCGGAACCAUUGCCAGCCUCAAUGUUGUAAGGAUCAUCAACGAGCCUACCGCUGCAGCCAUUGCAUACGGUCUGGAUAAUGGGGGCAAUGUGGCUAAGAAUGUGCUGGUUUUCGACCUUGGAGGUGGCACGUUCGACGUUUCUGUGGCCACAAUUGAGGCAGAUAUCAUUGAAGUGAAGGCUAUUGCCGGCGAUACUCAUCUUGGGGGCCAAGACUUUGAUAGUAGGAUGGUGGAUCACUUUGUAAAAGAGUUUGAAAGGAAGAAUGGUAAGGACAUUAGUAUGAAUCCAAGAGCUAUUAGGAGAGUAAGGAGUGCUUGUGAAAGAGCGAAGAGGAUCCUUUCAUCUACUUCCCAAACUAAUAUUGAGAUUGAAUCUUUGUUUGAGGGUAUUGAUCUGUUUUCGAAUAUCUCUCGCGCCAAAUUCAAUGAGCUCAACAUGGAUUUGUUCAAAAAGUGUAUUGAACUGGUUGAGAAGUGUUUAAGUGAUGCAAAGGUGGAGAAGAGCAGCGUGGAGGAGGUGGUGCUCGUAGGCGGGUCGAGUAGGAUUCCGAAGGUGCAGGAGUUGCUGAAGGAGCUUUUCGAUGGGAAGGAGGCGAGCAAGAGCAUUAAUCCAGACGAAGUUGUGGCGUAUGGUGCUGCAGUGGUGGCUGCCAAGUUGAGCGGUGAAGGCAAUGGCAAUGUGCAAAAGCUCAUCAUUUUCGAUGUCAAUCCGCUUUCACUUGGUCUUAGAAUUUAUGGAGAUGUGAUGUCAGUAUUCAUUCCGAGGAACACACCAAUCCCUACAAGAAUGGUGAAUAUUCAUCCGACCACCGGUGACAAUCAGACCAGUUGCAGGUUUGCGGUGUUUGAGGGCGAACGAAGCAAGACAACCGUGAACAAUCUGCUAGGCGAAUUCGUUCUGAGAGGCAUUCCAGCAGCGCCCAGAGGUGUUGCAAAAGUCAAAGUGUGUUUCGACAUUGAUGUGAACGGUAUCUUGAAUGUGUCAGCAGAGCACGAGGGCACCGGGUUGAGAAACGAGAUCACCAUUGCCAACUACAAGGGCAGGCUGUCUAGAAAAGAGAUCGAGAAGAUGAUUCGGGAUGGGAAAAAAUACAAGCUGGAGGAUGAGGAGUUUAGGGAGAAGGUUGAUGCGAGGACUGCGUUGGAGGACUACGCGUACAACAUGAGGGACGCCAUGAGAUGUGAAGCCCGGAUUGGAGCGGACGACAAGGUGGAGAUAGAGAAGGCUUUCGAGGCUGCAACGGAAUGGAUCAAGUCGAACAAACUCGCGAGGGUUGAUGCAUUUAAAGAGAAGAUGGAGGAGCUUAAGAGGAUUUACAAUCACAUUCAAGCAAAGAUGCUCCUCCACAGUAUGGAACAAGUAGAUUGA